AUGCGAGACUAUAACUGUUCUCUUUCCUCGUUUUCUUCUACACAGAAAGAAAACGUGACAAAUGUGAAGCAAAUGUCAAUAGACAUAUAUCUGAGAUAUAUGUAUAUCUCUAUCUGAAUGCUAGAGGUCUAAUAUAAGGUUUAUGAUCAUGUGUAGGAUACUUGUAUCAUAACAUUAUUCAUGAGAAAUUACAAUUGUCUUGGUCGCUGCAGACAGAAAACUGAUUUUACAAAAUUUUUCGUCCGUUUUCAGCGUAUGUUGCCUAUUGGCAACACGUAUAUUUUUUACUCAUGAAAAGUGUUGAAUAAGUCAGGCUACUGGUGCUAUAUAUAAUAGUUCUGCUAAACAAAAUUAAUCACUAGUUUUCCCAGCAUUAAAUGUUCAGACAAGGAUGAAACACAUUUUUAUGAUUCGUUUGCUGUUCUGGAGCAGACGAAUGUUAUUACUUAUCGCGAAAAUAAUUUUCUUUUGCUCUAAAUGCAUGUGUUAAAAUAUAUCAAUAUGAUUAUCAAAUUACCAAAUAAUUAUAAAUUUUCACUACAAGUCAAUCCACACAAAAUAUUGACUCAACGUUGAAAAAUGACAAUAUUCCACUGAAAAGGAUUAACUAAGCAGCAUUAAAGAAUAGAAAAAAAAAACACAUACAAAGAGAAUGAAAAAAAAGUCGCAGUGAAGGAAUUUAGAAGAGCAGAAUACUUACAUUUCAUAAUCGAACGAAAAAAAAGAUACAGAAAAUAGUGUGGAACCUGGAAGAAAAGACUAAGAGAAAGGAGAUAAAGAAAGAAUAAGUAUAUAUGUGGAGAAAACAUAUAGGCAUUUAAAAAAAAUACUUAAAACAGUGCAGUUCUGGUAGACUCUCAUCGUCGUCACUAUGAAAAAGAGAAAAGGGUCGUCCAAAUAGUUUACGUAUCGUAUCAUAGAAUGCUUAUUAGAAAAUGUCUGCUCGGCAUUACUUUGAUUACAUUAUUUUUUAUAUUAGUUCAUUAUUUUUUACCCUUCAAUUUUUCAUUAAAUCCAUUGUAUAACUGUGAUAAUUUCAAUUUAACUGAUUAUUCCGUAAAGUGUUUAAAAUGGACACCAGAUCAUCGUCACUUUUGGAAACAAUCAACGAUUCGUCACACAAUACAUGAAAAAUACUUAAAUUCAUCUAGUUUAAUUGUCGAAAUUGGUGGGAAUGUUGGACAGGACAUUGCUCAAUAUAUUCGUCUUUAUAAUUCUACUUUAAUUAUUUAUGAACCUUUAACAUCAAUGUAUAAAGUACUAAAAGAAAAACUCGGAAAUCGGUCGAGAACAGAAAUUCAUCGAUACGGAUUAGGUGUAUCUAAACGACAACUAAAAAUUAGAACAUCCGGUACAAAUAAUGAGGCAACCAGCAUGUUUACCAAAGAAAACGAUUCUGGCAAAAGUGUUAAUGAAACAAUGACAACGAUAGAUAUUCUUAAUAUUAUUGAUGUUUUACAAGAAAUUUUGAUUCGAUAUAAAAAAAUUGAUUUAUUGACAAUGAAUUGUGAAGGAUGUGAAUUUGAAAUUUUACCAGCAUUAAUUGAAGAUACCACUUUGCUAACAAAAAUCAAUAAUAUUCAGUUUGCCACUCAUAUAGAUACGCUUGAAUAUGGUAUAUGUAUCUAUUGUAAAUUACAGCAAGACUUACAGAGAAAAUAUGAAAUUUUUUAUCAAUAUAAAGUUUUAUGGGAAAGUUGGACGAAAAAGAAGAAUGAUUGA